CUGACUGACUGGUAGGCUAAGUGUAAUUCAACUUUAUAUAGUACUACUCCAAAGCAAAGAUCGAAAGAUCAGACUUUUAAUUGGUCACCACUUUGGAGAAGGAUCGAUGGGUACCCCAAAGCUUCAACUCACACUCCUUUUCUUCAUCUGGGCUUCAUCCACAUGCCUCAGUUCUACUCCCCCUGCUGAUUUCUCAAUAGUAAAUCGGCCGGCAGCGAGCGAGUCGAUUUCGGAGGAGACAGUGGCUCAGCUAUUCCAGCACUGGAAAGAGAAAUACGGAAAGGUGUACAAGCACGCACUAGAGGCAGCGAAGAGGUUCCGAAACUUUCGGAACAAUUUGAAGUAUGUAAUGGAGAAAAAUAGGGAUAGGUCGGAGUUUUCGGUGGGGUUGAAUAAGUUUGCUGAUUUGAGCAAUGAGGAGUUCAGGGAGAUUUACACAUCGAAGGUGAGGAAACCGAGUAACAAGACGAUGACCGUCGAGAGGAGGGGGAAGAAGGGGGUGGCGGCGUGCGAGGGGCCGUCGUCGUUGGAUUGGAGGAAGUAUGGGGUUGUCACUGCUAUAAAGGACCAAGGAGACUGUGGAAGUUGUUGGGCAUUCUCUUCAACUGGAGCCAUAGAGGGAAUAAAUGCCAUAGUCACCAGUGACCUGGUCAGCCUUUCUGAACAAGAACUUGUGGAUUGUGAUUCCACAAAUUAUGGUUGUGAGGGUGGAUACAUGGACUAUGCUUUCGAGUGGGUUAUUAGUAAUGGUGGGAUAGAUACGGAAACUGAUUAUCCAUACACAGGAGAGGAUGGUACCUGUGUCACCUCCAAGGAGGAAACCAAGGCAGUGACCAUUGAUGGCUAUGUGGAUGUAGCAGAAGAGGAAAGUUCGCUUUUUUGCGCUGUUCUAAAUCAACCUAUUAGCGUCGGUAUUGAUGGAAGUGCUUGGGAUUUCCAACUAUAUACCAGUGGAAUCUAUGAUGGGACCUGCUCGAGCGAUCCAGACGACAUAGACCACGCUGUGUUGAUAGUGGGCUAUGGUGCCGAAGAGGAUGAGGAGUAUUGGAUAAUAAAGAACUCAUGGGGAACUGAAUGGGGAAUGGAGGGGUACGGUUAUAUAAGAAGGGGCACUACUAAAACGUAUGGGGUCUGUGCAAUCAAUGCCAUGGCUUCUUAUCCAACCAAAGAGUCUUCUUCUCCAUCUCCUUAUCCAUCUCCAUCUGUUCCACCACCACCACCACCACCAACAACACCACCACCACCGCCACCGCCACCGCCUCCGCCUCCGCCUCCACCACCUCCCUCUCCAUCGCCUAGUGAGUGUGGAGACUACUCUUAUUGCCCUGCAUCGGAGACAUGCUGCUGUAUUUUUGAAUUCUUUGAUGUAUGCUUCAUCUACGGUUGCUGCGAGUACACAGAUGCUGUGUGCUGUACUGGUACUGAGUAUUGCUGCCCUAGUGAUUAUCCCAUUUGUGACAUUGAAGAAGGACUCUGUCUCCGGGGUGCUGGAGACUACCUCGGAGUGGCUGCAAAGAAGCGGAAGAUGGCUAAGCACAAGUUCCCAUGGACUAAAUACGAAGACGUAGAGAAGAAACACCAACCUCUGGAGUGGAAGAGGAACCGAUUUGCAGCAAUGCGCUGAGAAGGAGAAAGAUCAAUAGUUCAUCAUUUUUUCAAUUACCUAAGGUGAUUUUCACCAUGGUUGGAUUCGUUUCCUUUCUUUUCCAUUCUGUUUUUUAGUAUACAUUUCAUUUUUAUCGAACUCUUUAUUAAGCAAAGUACAGAACCAUAGACAAGGGGAAAGCAGCAUAUUCUCCCCGCCUUAUGUAUUGCAGACGGUGUUUUUUUUUGGUUUUCCUGGUUUUUGUUUUUUGUCACUGUUUUGAAGGUUGACAUACAAUAACGAGGAUCUGAAAGAGACACACCUUGGUCGAUUGCUGAUGAAGAGAGUGAAAAAACUUUGAUAA